GAAAUUACGAAUCAUCAUACAUUCUAGUUCUGUUGUAGCCUAUGUAUGCACUGUAGCUGGCUGGCUCACUCACUUAGAGAUUGAUCAUUAUUUUACACUUUAAAACCAGGUUUAGAUUAAACUUUCGAUAUACAAUAACGUUUUUGAAUUGAGAUUCUAUCGCUCGCAAUACAGGCGCACUUUUUAUCAAAGAGAAAUCGUUUGCAGUGAAUCGAAAUAACUACAUGGUAUCUUUUGUGAAUCCGUGCGUUUCCCUGACGUUAGGAUUUCCCAUUUUCUGUCACUAUAAUGAACGGGAUGGAGCCAAUACUUCUGCAGCUGCGUUACGGGAUUCCCUUGAAUCCGCUUCCAGAACGGCGGGCUCGCGAUCAGUUUCUUCCACAUGCACCUGUUCGGGUUCACAAUCUUUCAGGAAAAGAACGCACGUUGGCUGUAAAAAAUGCCUUGCGAUAUUUUCCACCGCAUCUGCAUAAUACGCUAGUAGAGGAAUUCGCGGAAGAACUGGACACUUACGGGCACAUCUACAUGUACCGAUUUGUCCCCAAAAUGCGCAUGAUGGCUUUCCAUAUCCGUGAUUAUCCAGCUCGUUGUGAACAAGCCGCAGCGAUAAUGCUGAUGAUUUGCAACAAUCUGGAUCCGGCGGUUGCGCAGUUUCCCGAAGAACUGAUCACCUACGGAGGAAACGGGCAAGUGUUUUCGAACUGGGCACAAUUCUGGCUGACCAUGCAGUAUCUUAGUGAAAUGGACGAGACGCAGACGUUAGCCAUUUAUUCCGGACAUCCCAUGGGACUUUUCCCAUCGCAUCCCGAUGCUCCACGAGCAGUGAUUACGAAUGGAAUGGUUAUUCCAAACUAUUCAUCACGCCCGGAUUACGAUCGCAUGUUCGCUUUAGGGGUUACCAUGUACGGUCAGAUGACGGCCGGAAGUUACUGCUACAUUGGUCCGCAAGGUAUCGUCCAUGGAACCACGUUGACAUUAAUGAAUGCCGGUCGGAAAUACCUGAAUGUUGAUGAUUUACGCGGAAAAGUGUUCUUAACAUCCGGUUUGGGUGGAAUGUCGGGAGCACAGGCGAAAGCCGCGGUGAUUGCAGGUUGUGUGGGAAUCAUUGCCGAGGUUAGCCGAGAAGCCUUGGCUAAACGCCACGGUCAAGGUUGGCUUAUGGAGAUUACGGAAAGCGUUGAUGAAUGUAUUGAAAGAACCCGAUGUGCCGUUCGUGAAGGCCGCUCUGUAAGCAUUGGCUAUUAUGGAAAUGUUGUCACUUUAUGGGAGAAAUUAGUUGAACUACACGAAAAAACCGGAGAAGUCGUCGUGGAUCUCGGCUCCGACCAGACAUCGUGCCAUAAUCCGUUCAAUGGAGGAUACUUCCCAGUGCAGUUAAGUUAUGAGGAGUCCUUUGUAAUGAUUCAAGAAAAUCCGGAGCGUUUCAAAGAGCUGGUACAAGAUAGCUUACGCCGACAAGUGAAUGCCAUUAACUAUCUCUCCCAUCAUGGCAUGCAUUUCUGGGAUUAUGGCAACGCCUUCCUGCUUGAAGCCGGUCGUGCUGGAGCGGAUGUUUACCGAAACAACUCGAAAUCGGAGUUUGUUUAUCCUUCUUAUGUCCAAGACAUCAUGGGGGACAUUUUUUCUUUGGGAUUUGGUCCAUUUCGAUGGGUGUGUACAUCCUGUAAUGCGCAGGAUUUAGCGGUGACUGAUGCCAUUGCAUCAGAAGCGUUGACGGCCCUUAUGGAAGAGAAUGUAUCGUCUGCUACUGCUGCUCAGUACAAAGAUAAUUUGAAGUGGAUUCGCGGUGCGCAGAGUUAUCGCCUGGUAGUUGGUUCGCAAGCGCGAAUAUUGUACGCUGACGCCGAGGGACGAAUGACGAUUGCCGUGGCCAUUAAUCGUGCCAUAGCCCGCAAAGCCAUUAAAGCGCCAGUGGUCAUCAGCCGUGACCAUCACGAUGUGUCCGGUACCGACAGUCCUUUCCGAGAGACAUCUAAUAUCUAUGACGGAUCAGCCUUUACCGCCGACAUGGCAGUGCAGAACUGUAUUGGAGAUUCUUUUCGGGGGGCGACAUGGGUCGCAUUGCAUAAUGGAGGCGGCGUUGGGUGGGGUGAAGUGAUAAACGGUGGGUUUGGGCUUGUUUUGGACGGUUCUGAAGCAGCGGAGAGACGAGCCCGGACAAUGCUUCAUUGGGACGUUAAUAAUGGAAUUACACGUCGUUCAUGGGCUGGUAAUGCGAAUGCACAGGACACUAUAAAACGAGCUAUGCGACAAGAUCCGAAACUACGAGUGACGAUUCCGGCACCCGUUAGUGACGAUAUUUUGAAGAAGUUGGAAUCUUGAAAGAGUUGGGUUUUAUAAGUCGGCGAACGUCCCGCCUUGAACAGCACAGAGUAUUCUGAUUCUAUCGGUUUUGUUUUUUAACACGGCGCCCUUUCUUGCAGUGGAUAAUCUGACCGGUAAAAAUACAGCCGUUUUAGUUCA